GUGCACCAAGAAAACGAGUCACUUCGCGCGUGUACGUGUGUUCGAGGCAGUACACGGUGGAAUGUUAGUGGCGGAAAGUUGGUCCGUUUUCAGUUGGUUGCGAAAUCCCUCGUCACGCGACAACAGGGAAGGAAGACGAGAAGGAAGAAAGGAAGGAAGGAAGUCGACGCUGGUGGAGGAGGCAUUAUUAAAUCGGCCGGCCCGUAAUCCGGUCGUGUUGCUCGCGUUUACGUGGCCGAGGCGAAAACUAUGCGGCACGAGGCACGAUGAAGGGGCCAAGAAUCGGUGGCCUACCGAGCGGGAAAAAGCUGGACUUCUGCCAGGAGCCGCGUCACACUUGGACAGUGUUGCUGGUGUAUUUGGGCAUCUGCGCCUUGCUGCCUGUCACGAUUCUCUCCGCGCCUGUGCAACUUCGUGAAAUAUCGAAGGAGGGCUCGCAGCGGCGUCCAAACGAUGCCAAUAAUGACUCAGCCGAAGGGGAUUUGCCCGUUUUUGAACCGACAGCGGCGAACGUCAGCGCAUUCGUCGGACAGACCGUGUACCUGCCAUGCCGCGUGCGAAAUUUGGGAGAUAAAGUGGUGUCCUGGAUGAGAAGCAAGGACCUCCACAUUCUCACGUCGGGAAAUACUCUGUUCAGCUCGGAUACGAGAUUCGGGCCUCAGCAUACACCGGGUAGCGACGCGUGGACGCUCAGGCUGGACAACGCUAGGAAGACAGACAGCGGCAAGUACGAAUGCCAGGUGAACACCGAGCCCAAAAUGAUGUAUGCUGUUCAGCUGUCCGUGCGAGAUCCUGACAAACCGGAGGGUUACGACGAGCCACACUCUCAGCAGACGCGAAUAAGUUACGAGAGCACGGCACCAGUGGCUGCCAUAAUGGGUCCACGGGAGCAGAGGGUGCCAUCGGGGUCGACGAUCACCUUGAGAUGCGUCAUAUUGUCCCCGUAUCAGACGCGGCCCAUCAGGGGCGUGCAAUGGCUCCGGGAUAACAAACUCCUAACAUUCCAGGCUGCGCGAGGGGGAAUAAACGUGGAGACUGAAAGAGGCGCGGCUCGAACAGUCUCGGAAUUGACUCUNNNGGCGGUCACGCCGCACGACGUCGGAAAAUAUUCGUGCAGACCAACAGAGGGACGAACCGACACUGUAAUGCUGAUCGUCGAACCAGGAGAACGUACGGAAGCCAUGCAACGUGACGCCGGAUACGUCUCUGGCGGAUGUGACGUCAGGCACUGGGCCGGGCUUCUACUUCCGUUCUCGUGGUUUCUAAUACUCGCACGAAACAGCCAAACUUUCCUGCAAUAGCGCACACUACGACAGUAUUUCACGCGCGUUUCUCUCGUCCUGUCCCUAUUCUCUCGUUCUUCCCGUCGACGGGAGAGAAAGUACCUAGAAAUUCGACCAAACAGCGAAUAGAUCGUAAGUUAGAUACGUAGGAAUUAUUGAUAAGAGGGUAACGAGGAGCCAUUACACGUAACAGAAACACCGCCAUGGUGUUCCCAUUUGAAUUUCACAGCCAACUCGAUUUACAGAGAUUAUUCGCAGCUUACACGGCGUGCUUCAUGAAAUAAUUCUGAAAUUCAUUUCGAGAUUGAUUUGAUUGAAAAGAGAAUUGAUUCCAGUUUGAAGAACACAGAUGAAAAACAUGAUAAAUAGAUUGUGUAUAUUUAUGCAAAUUUGUAUUUUUAUGAAUACGAUUAAAAAUAUGGAAGCUAGCAAGAAAUUUGUUUCUCCUACUAUAUGUUAUAAUUGGUACUGUAUUUUGGAUAUUUUAUACACUUUUGCGCAGUACGCGUAUUCUGUGCAAAGUCAAUUCUGUUCGCAGUCUAACGUUGAGUCUUUAUAAAAGAACAACGAUCAUUGUCAUAGUUUUACCAUGUGUUCUUCGUUCUUUUUGGCUAUGGAGUUACUUCUAUCGUAUUGCGUGUCUGGCAAUAACUAACAAAACGAUGCAUAGAAUACGUAGCGGUGAUGGUGGAUAGUUAAGUGGAAUCGAUUAGGAUAGUUUAACAGCAAUCGACAAUUAUUGAAACACUAGAGAACAUCCGCGCUUCGCGAACCACUCUGUAUCUCCGAGAUUACUUUAAAAACCGACGCAUCGCGAUGGUUCGCUCGUUUUUUAAUCGGAAGCAAAUUUCAAAUAUUUGAAUUUACGAAAUGACGGUGUGGAAAUAACGAGUCGUUUAGUCGGUUCACAGUGCUUUCCGCGUUACUCUUCCUCCUUCAAUGUUGAAUUUCCGCACGAUGUGGAUAUUCUCUUUAAGAAUUAUUAAGAAGAUCGAGCAAUCCGGGGCAAUUCGUCGGAAAAAGUGGUAGAAACGAGAGUCGUUGAAGGAACCUUUGGUAAAUUUAUUUUUUACGUAAAUAAUUCAGUAAGUGAGCCGCAGCAACGAUCUGAGAACGGUGUCGGAACGUCUUUUUCACUACGCCCUUGCAAUUCACGACGCUUCUUUGAGCGUCCCUCUUCAAGUCAAUGGGAUUAAAGUGGCCGAGUAACGUCAAAGGAUGUGCAAGUAAUUUGAUAUCCUGUAUCUUAACUCCGCCGAUGCCUCUUUGUAACCAGGGAACAGCAUUAAUGAAAUUUUUUUCUUCAUUCGUAAUUCUUCAUUCGUGGAACAUGAGAAAAAUAACAACCGUUUGCGAUAAUUUUACACAUGAAUGUCGCGUGGCUUUCAAUUAUUUUGCCACUCGGAUGUGGCAAACAAACCAAUUUUCUUUUAUUUCCCUUUCCGACAUUUCUCUGUUUUAUUGUUACAGAAGUAGAUAAAAGAAUGUUUAAAAUUGGAAGUAUGAAUUAGUAAUUUUUAUGCUAGACGUCCUUUAUCGUAUUAAUAAUAAUCAUCUAUUUUUAAAUUAGGAAAUGGAAUCUUCCUAAAUUUCCAAGCGAAUUUGAAUUCCAUUACAAAUUCAAGUUUACACUGAAAGCAAUUAGAGAGGAUCAAUGAACAAUGCAAACAUAAUUCAAUUCGUAGAAUUAUGACGUGCUUUCGUACUAUGUAUCUUACGAAUUUUCUUUACCACGUUAUAUAUAUAAUAUGAUUAACUUAAUUCUCAGAAAACGAUGGUUUUUCUUUACGAAAUUGGUCAAUUUAGUCUCGAUAUGGCUUGUUAAACGUACAAUUCGCAGUUAUCCUCGCUAGUUUCAGGUUUAUUUAUGAGCGUACCUUAACGGUCUUAAACGGUCUUAAACACGCACAAUUAACGCCACGGUUAAGAUAGUAUUUAUUAUUACGAUACCUUAAGUAGACUUUUGAUCAUUAUUGAAACGAAUUUGUCUGUAUAUUAGAAACAAUAGGUUUAUAACAGCACAAAGAUAUUUAACUGUACCUCUAAAAUAUUUAAACACGCUUUGUACGAUAUUUCUAAAAUAAAACCUCUCGAAUCG